UUACUGACGGCCCGUACCGUGAACGAUUGCCGUCGUCGACCGUUGUCACCGUGUCGUCGUGUCGUUGUCGAAUAGAGUCAGCUUUACCAUGCGCUGCUCCUGAUAAACGUAUGCGGUUAGUAAGUGGUGGAACGCUCGUUUCUCGCACUCUCUCUUUCUUUUUCUUUGCUCCUCUCCGCUGCUCCUUCCGCGCUUUCGUUCCACGGUCUUUUCUCUCCCUGACUUGGUCGUUCGUUCCAUUUCCCCCCAGGGGACAGAUUCUCCUCGGCUCAUCGUCGCGGAUGCUCGCGACCGUUUCGUAUUCCACACGAAUGAGCCCUCCUUGAGGAGCGUCCCUCGAGUGCCGUCUCCUGCAGCCACCGACGUGAUAACGAUCCUCGACGAGAUGCAGUGUCGUCGAUUGUCGCGGCGAUCUAUUGGCUAACGACAAAGAAACAUCGCUCUGUUUGCUCUCUCUCUCCAUCCUUGUGCAUCGAUUCUCAGUAAGGACGUAGUGCUUGGAACUUGACUUGGAAGUGGGACAAGAUUCCACCGCUGACUUUUGGAUAGGCAAGCCUGACACUUCUCGCCGAUCUCGUGCACAGUGCCACCGCAGUCUGCAAUAUGUCGCGCCAUAUGUUGCAUUUCUCGACGUGAAAUUACGUUCAGUGAUUCGGAACGUGACUGCUUGUCAUUGCUAAAGCUUCUUCGCGGUCACGUAAUAAAUUCGGCUGCGAUAUUUAUCGAUCCCAAUUAGCCGUCUGUAUAGACGCACCGUUGCGCGACUACAGAGACACCUCGGCUGAAUAUUCGUCCCGUCACACGAUCGUCGAUCAACGAGGAGGUCGCGACCUUAACGCCAAGUUUCUAUAAACAGAGAAAGGAGGAGGAACGAGUGGACGAAAAGAGGAGAAAGCAGGGGCCGGUUCAGUCGAUGACCAGGUGUAGCUCAUCGACGAAGUGACAGUGCCCUCGAAUGUGUAUAUGGACGAGAUAGUCACGAUGACCGUUCCACCGACACUGCCGGCGAAGACUCAGUCCCGGGACGGGAGUCAGGUUGCCCGACAGACUGUGUCAAUCCGGACUGUUUCCAGUCCCCCCACAGCUCCUCUGAGCACAGGGGCCGGAGCAACGGUAUUUGUCGGACUGGCCGCUCCUGGCGCCGAUUCCUCGGCAGCCUGUAGGAGAAGAAUCCCGGAAGUGCAAGCCGCGAACGGCUACGGUAAGCAGAGCAGCGUGAAGUCUGGCCAGACCACGCAGAACCAGCACCAACAGCAGUACGUACAACAGCAACAUCAGCAGCAGGCGGCUCAUGUGGUGAAGAUCAAGAUCAACCCGGAUGGUGACAAGAACGGCAGAGUGAUAUCGACUGUACGAUUGACGCUGGACGAGAACGUUGGCCACGAAGUCGAGAAGGAGAACGGGAUCGCGUGCGAACGUUCGAGCAAGCGUGACGGUGGUGUGGUCGUGAGUGCGACGAAUCUGGUGAACGAGCAGCGUUGUGGAAGUGCUGGUGCCGGUGACGGCUGUGUGAGGAUCAGUGUUGGCUCGAACGCCUUCGAACGCAACAAUAAUAACAACAAUAAGGACAAGCGUAAUCGGAACGACGACAGCCCGAAGGAAGACAUGGUUCACCGUGAAACGUCAGAGCCUAUGAACACAUCCUCCUCGAACAACCGUUCGAGUGCCUGCUUCUAUUACAACUCAUACCCUAACCAGCUGAACGGGAUGGUGAUAUCCAGUGGGCAAUGUUCGCCCAGCGACACCCUGGACAGCGGGACCUGCAGCGAUCUGGACGGUACACCGCCACCACUUCCUAAAAAGAAGAACGCCAGUACGGUUAUCCUGGCUAGCGAUCAGCACAACCGUACAGGUAGCUUGACCAGCAGUGGCGCGGAGGUGGACAGCGACGAUAAUGAGAGCAACAUCAGCUGCGACUCUCUGAACGGUGGAGAGCUGAGUGACAGAAUAGUGGACGGAGGUAUAAAUGGGAACGGUGUCGAGGCUGAUCGAGCGUCCUUGGAAUUUCAAGAACACUCGGAGAGUCAUCGACUGAAGAAUGGGCUAGAUCGUUCAAAGUAUCGGGAGGCAAACGAUACUAUCUUGAACCUAAACCGACUGGACCUGUCUGACGACCACGACGAACGAACGAAGGAGGAAUCCACUCAAGUUGUCUCGACUCCGGAUGUCGACUCAAAUUCUUGUUCGUCCAGGGCCUCUCCUAGCGUCUCUCCCUCGCCGUCCGGGGCAUCUUCAUUGUCAAAAGCCUCUUCGACCCCGAGAAUCAGGAGUCCAGACCCGGUAACCGAGCAGAAUAUCAGGCUAUCCUCCCCGGUAGUGAAGGAAUGCACUUACGAGGAGAGGAAACAGGAACAGGAGAGGCUAGAGCAAGAGUCUAUUGCCGGUGAUAUCGAUACCAGCGUGAAUCCCCUGACGGGAAAGAAGUAUGUGUACGAGUAUGACAGGUUCUACAAGUUUCACGUGAACGAACUGAAGGGUAACAAUAAAGACACUAACAGAGGUGUGGUGUUAGGCGAUAAGGACACCGACGAAUGUUUCGCCGGUUACAAGAUCCUCGAGAAGGAAGCCAUACGCAGUGCCAAGGGAACUGUGCGCGGUGUCAAAAACAGGGUUCGAGCUGGGAUCGCAACGUUCCUUCAGAAACCCUCUUCUCAGAGGGUGGUGAAAGGCGUGCUCAAAGGUCAGAAGGACAGGAUGUCGAAAAAUUCACGAAUCGUCGGUCUAGAUUUCACCGAAUACCGUUCAAACACUUCCGACACUCAUCGACUGAAGAAUGGGCUAGAUCGUUCAAAGUAUCGGGAGGCAAACGAUACUAUCUUGAACCUAAACCGACUGGACCUGUCUGACGACCACGACGAACGAACGAAGGAGGAAUCCACUCAAGUUGUCUCGACUCCGGAUGUCGACUCAAAUUCUUGUUCGUCCAGGGCCUCUCCUAGCGUCUCUCCCUCGCCGUCCGGGGCAUCUUCAUUGUCAAAAGCCUCUUCGACCCCGAGAAUCAGGAGUCCAGACCCGGUAACCGAGCAGAAUAUCAGGCUAUCCUCCCCGGUAGUGAAGGAAUGCACUUACGAGGAGAGGAAACAGGAACAGGAGAGGCUAGAGCAAGAGUCUAUUGCCGGUGAUAUCGAUACCAGCGUGAAUCCCCUGACGGGAAAGAAGUAUGUGUACGAGUAUGACAGGUUCUACAAGUUUCACGUGAACGAACUGAAGGGUAACAAUAAAGACACUAACAGAGGUGUGGUGUUAGGCGAUAAGGACACCGACGAAUGUUUCGCCGGUUACAAGAUCCUCGAGAAGGAAGCCAUACGCAGUGCCAAGGGAACUGUGCGCGGUGUCAAAAACAGGGUUCGAGCUGGGAUCGCAACGUUCCUUCAGAAACCCUCUUCUCAGGCAUACAUAAAGAAGGAAUUGGGGAAGGUGGUGGUGUACACGACAACCUCCGGUAUCGUGAGGAAAACGUUCUACAACUGCAAGAAGGUGAAACAGAUUCUGAGGACGCACAUGGUCAAAUACGACGAGUUGGACCUGUUCGGCGAUGCCGAGCUGCAAACCGAGCUGAGAGAUCGCUUGGGCUCCACGGUUAUUCAGUUGCCGCAGCUCUUCAUUGAUGGACAACACAUUGGGGGAUUCGAUACCGUGGAGCGACUCAACGAAUCUGGAGAGCUGAGGGACAUGCUUAAGCCUUACCAGAGCGAGGACGCCUGCACAGUGUGCCUGUUCUGCGGUGGCUACCAGUGGCAACUAUGUCCAGUGUGCAAUGGUAGCAAGAGAUCAGUUCAUCGCAAUGACUUCACCGCGGAAUUCGUGGCCCUGAAGUGUGCGAAAUGCGACGUGAAUGGCCUGAUUCGCUGUCCCCACUGCUGAGGCGCUAGUAGUAGAGAAAAUGGCGGCCGCGUGCCCUAGGAGGAGCGACGCCGUCAUUCCUGACGCUGUCACUG